UUCUUCUUGUAUGGUGUAACGUUUCUCUGGAAUCAGACGUUCUUCGAUCUGUUGUUAGUGACAGUCAAAAGUCAUGGUGAAAGCUGUGGUCGGAGACGAAACUCAACUCCAGCUAGCUGAGGAUCGCCUCUCCCAAUUUUCACUUCCUGCCCAGGUUGGUCUGGUGAUAGGGAAGCUGAGCUCGUAUCUGGAACGAGGCUUCGUGUUCGAUUUAGUACCAACACCUCAGAACGAUGCCGGACAGCCAGUUUGUUCGGUUUUGGAGGCGUCCAAAUUCGACAGUAAAAAGGGGUCGAAACCCAAAUCUCGGACAUCUGAUUCUUCCUCUUCUUUGGUCAUUGACAAGGAUUGGGUCGCUGAACACGCUCGCCAGGUGUCGAGGAUGGUGGUGGGUGGAAUGAAAGUAGUGGGUAUUUAUGUGUGGGCUAGUGAGGCCGCAUUCAAGAAUUCUACCAUGGUGCUUUGCCAGACAGUGAAAGGAGUUGCUGAAGCAAUAUCAUUUUGUGACGAUGACAUGGAUGAAAGACUGCUUAUUCACAUAUGUUACAGUCCAAGGAGAUGGACAUGUCGGAAUUGUACACUGUCCUCAAAUAUCACAUCAAGCAGUUUGCAGCCUUGUGACUUCAAAAUGGGAAGAGUCUUAACUUCCCUUCAAACUUUUAAGUGCUUGUACAACUUUGAUCUUAGACUGCCAAUAUAUCAAGGGAAAGCAUCCAAUUCCCAGACGCUUAGUGAUGUUCUCCGCAAUGGAAUUUCAAUUUAUGCAAAAGAGCUGCGAGGGGCAAAAGCCCUGAUUGAUGGACACCUGGUUGUUAAUGAUGAGACAUGCAAAACAGAUGGUUUGCAUGAAGUGGAGUUGCUUCUACCAUUCAUGAAGGAUAUGUAUAUUGAAGCAUGCAGCCAGAAAGAUGUUGUAGGUGUUGUUAGUUUUACUGGCUCGGUAUGUUCCUUUUCAUUCUUGAAUUCCAAGGAACCAAUUUCACAGGCUAUUGCUGAUAUAAAGGAUGAUAUCAUCAGGAGUUUGCAAAGCAGGCUGGAUAUCAUUUGUGAUGAAGCAGAUGGAGAUCUAGGGCUAACUGACGACGGAAUUAUGGAAGAAAGCAAUGAUUUAUCAUCUGAAAAGCCAGUUUCCCAACUUGUUUUGCGUUCCUUGAGGAAAAAUUGCAAUCUUUCAUUACCUCGGAGGGUCUUUGUUCCUUGGUUGGCGGGUACAUUUAUCAGUGACUAUCUACAAUCAUCCGAGACACUUGAGGUUCUAAAAGAUCAUUGUGUUGAGUUGAUGUCCAUGGAAACUCCAAAUGAUGCCUCAACAAUCUUGGAACCCGAAGAAGAAGCCCUCAGAGUGAUCACUAGAUCUUUUUGGGAUGUAGUGGUCCCCUACUCUUCAGCGCCUAGCUCUUUCGAAGAAAAGAGCAGAGAAAUUACCAGCGCAGAAAAUAGCCAGAAACCCACCAAGUCACCCAAUGUCAACUUCAUUGCUGCUGUUUUCUUCCUCCUCCUCUCAGUUGUAGUAGGUUACAUGCUUGUCAGGAAAUCAUAGUGCAAUGAGUAAACAUUUGCUAGUAAUAUGGAGUACUUUGAGAAAUCAGUCAUAUGUCGAGUAGUGUUCCAUUAAGUUUGAUUACUUCAAAUUGUUAAUCAACACAACAACCUCUUCAUCUAUUGAAGACGGCACACCAAGAAAAUAGAAAAAGAAAAUUUUGUCUCUACAUCAAACUCAUGUCUAUGCCUGUGGAAUCGUUUGAAACAAAUGGCAAUUUUUGGGUGAGAAGACAUCCAUUGUAGUUUCCCUCAUUUGUCCUAAUGAAUAAUGUUGUUACACCGAAGUUGAUCA